GGAGGCCUGGCCCGUCGGCCACGCCCCCAGCACGAGCUCAGACAGAUGCGGAGUCGGUCUGGGGUCAGUUGUCCCAGACGAGAGGACGAGAUCCAGCUGUGACUGGGAGGGAGGGAGAGUGGCGUGGACAGUGGGCGGAACGGACAGAGUGAGAGGGAGACGGUGACGGAGGGAGAGAGAAGGAGGGAGAGAAAGCUAGGGUAGCGGGAAAGUGACCAGUGGUUGGAGGCGGAUACUAGAGAAGAGAAGAAUAUCCAAGACAGUGCAAACAUGAAGAUCGACAUCCAUAACCACAUUCUACCGAGGACUUGGCCGAACCUGGCGGAGAGGUACGGCUACGGCGGCUUCGUCCAGCUGGAGCACAGCGAAGAGACGUCCGACUCAGCCCGUAUGAUGAAGGACGGGCGGCUGUUCCGGGUGGUUCAGGCCAACUGCUGGGACGCAGAGCGACGGCUGGCAGACAUGGACCAAACCGGUGUCACCGUGCAGGCGCUCAGCACGGUGCCCGUCAUGUUCAGCUACUGGGCAAAGCCGGCAGACACUGCCGACCUCUCCCGGCUGCUCAACGAUGACCUGGCUGCGACGGUGGCGCGUCACCCGAAACGGUUUGUCGGACUCGGCACCGCGCCGAUGCAGGCGCCGCUGCUGGCAGUCGAGGAAAUCAAACGGCUCACCACCGAGCUGCGUAUGCCGGGCAUCCAGAUCGGCUCCCAUAUCGGCGACUGGAACCUGGACGCCCGAGAGCUGGACCCCGUCUGGAAGACGUGCGAGGACUACGAUUGCGCCGUGUUCGUCCAUCCCUGGGACAUGGUGAUGGGCGGACGGUACAGCAAGUUCUGGCUGCCCUGGUUGGUGGGAAUGCCGGCGGAGACCGCCACCGCUAUCGUGUCGGUUCUGAUGGGCGGAGUGCUGCAGCGCUUCCCCAAACUGAGGCUCUGCUUCGCGCAUGGCGGAGGAUCGUUCCCGUAUACGGCUGGCAGAAUCGACCACGGUUUUCGGUGCCGCCCGGACCUGUGUGCCCAGGAGACGUCAGUGCCACCUAGUGAGCAGCUGGGGAAGUUUUGGUGCGACUCGCUGGUGCACGAUGCCGCUGCGCUCGACCUGUUGACAGAGGUGGUCGGGAAGAAGCGGGUGAUUUUCGGCUCGGACUACCCGUUCCCGCUGGGGGACCUGCACGGAGGCAAGAUCGUGGAAAACCUCGGCGAUCCGCAGCUCAGGGACGACAUUUUCGCACAAAAUGCGCUGGAUUUCCUCGGUCUGGAGAGAUCCGCCUUUGAGUAAACAUGUCUCGUCCCGUGUGAAGUUGUAUUGCGUCAAAAACUGCAUCCAUAGUGCAUCCAUACUACGUCACGGAAACAGCAAGGAUCGUGACAAAGGAAAGCUACAAUAUCCACAAUAUACAAUAUACAUAUAUUUCAUAUUCCCACAACGAAUGUCUGCUUGCAAGCAGGGGAAAAGAGUGGAGGCGAUUCACACGACUCUCCGCUCGAUCUUCGAUUCAUAUUUCGUAUGAAGCGUCUCUUUAGGCUGCCGUAAAAAAC